AUGAAAACAGUUAUUAGUAUUGUUAUUUUUAUACGUGCAAAAUCUUCACUCCAGCACAGACUAUUUAAGGCACUUCUUCAAGAAAAUUAUACUCAGUUCAACGAUUUAUUACUUCAUAAUAAUGUGAGAUGGCUAAGCAAAGGAAAUGUUUUGCAAAGGUUUUUUAACUUACUGAAUGAAAUUGAACUAUUUUUAAUUCAGAGUACACAUUUGCCAGCCGAAGACUAUCACAAAUUUAUCAGUAAUAACAGUAACGUAGCAACUAUCACGUUUUUGACAGAUGUAUUUCAAUACAUAAGUUCGUUCAACUUGAAACUUCAUGGUAAUCAGAAACUAAUUUGCCAUUUAGUUUCAGAGGUAAAUUGUUUUUGUAGAAAAAUUUCCUUUUUUUUACAAGAUGUUGGUAAUGAACGUUUACACUUUCCUAACUCGAAAAAAGUUGUUGAUGAAAAAGAUGAGAUUGAUAUCAGAAAUUUUACGAAGUUUUUGGAUAGUUUAAAAACUUAA